AUGGUUUGGGACGUCCUGUCAGUUUGCGGUUGGCCGAUUGCCGGCAGCAAGGAUGAAACACCACCGAACGCACCGCGUGUCACACUAAUCCAAGAGCAGUCCGGUGUCGACGGUAGCUUUCUGCUGGCGCUACUGAUGACGAAUCAUCUUAAGCGCAGCACAGACAAUCACGUACUACUGCUGGCCGCAAAUCAUGGUGCCGCACACUACACCGCUGCCUGCCAGAAGCUAACGUUCAACACAGCAUCGGCGGUACAGUCGGGACAUUUACGCAUCGUCGAUGUGCUAUCGGAACUCCACACCAGCGCUGGUCGUUCGAACGGUCCCGCACUGUUGCAACUUAUCGGCGGCCGGUUAUCUUCGGAAGCUUCCAAACCGAACACACUGGUCCUGGUGGAUGAUCUUACCUUCUACAUCACGAUGCAUCUGGCGAAUGGUGAAAAUGCAGUAAUCGAUUUUGUCGAGCAGCUGCUGCACACAGCCACGCACGAUCACUUCGUGCUGAAGGUGAACGUUGCCGAAUGCUACGAACGGUUGUGCACGUUUCUGAUCGAUAUGGCGGACGUCACCGUCACGCUCGAACCGCUCCCGUCCGGCAGUUUCCGCGAGCUGGACGGUAUCUUAACGGUGCACCGCAAACAGUCCACGUCCGGGCUGAUGUCCGCGGUUCGCGACCAGUCCAAAGCGUUGCUGUACAAAGUGCAUGACCGGAUGGUACGUACCUAUGUGCACGGUGAGGUAGGAAUAAAAAAUCUAUGA